AUGCGACGCUUACCUCAACCCCGAUGCGCCGUGCUCGCGCUGUCGCAAAGUCGGCGCAACAUGCGUGAUAUCCGACCCGUUCAAACACGACUGUCGCAACUCGAACAUGAAGCCGAGGAAUUACGCAAACGACUAAAUGGCAACAACGACACCCGGCCGCGAAAUCGACUUAUGUCGCCGGCUGUGUUGAAUGGUAUGACGGAUCUGAGUCAUACACCGCAGAGUCUGGGAUCAUCGACGACAGGUACUUCGCCAACGCAGUCUAUCGAUCCGCUUGCAAUAUAUCAGCAAUCAUAUCCUGUUAAUGCAAGGCCUGCGCCAGUUGUGUUGCAGGCUAUCACGUCGCCGGCAGGGAGCGAUGGGCCUACGCAGGCGAGGUCACUCAAGGGAGUGAUAGUUGAUGCUGGGGAGAUUGACGACAUAUUUCAAAUUUUCUUCCAAGAUCACGCCCCGUUCCUACCAAUUCUCGAUUCGAAUACUACGCCCAAUGCAUAUUACGACCAAUCUACGCUUUUGUUCUGGACAAUUAUUUUCGUCGCAAGUCGAAAUUAUAGCAAGAAUCCAACUCUGUUUCCGACGCUGGCAGAGCCGGUCCUAGAGAUGGUAUUGUUGUCGAUGGGCACGAAUGCUGCGCCAGUAUUCAAGAUUCAGUCAUUUCUGCUCUUUCUGACGUGGCCGCCCCCUGGAUUCGAGGCAUUCUUUUCAAUCAGCGGAUGGCUGUUACAUAUCGCUAUGCAGAAUGGGAUUCAUAUACCCAUGGCCAGCCACGAGUUUGGACGGAAUAUGCGGGCAUUGAGGUCGGAGCCGUCACACACGAAUAAAAGCAUUCUUAUGAUGGAUAUGCAGCGUCGGUCUGAAUUAUGGGCGUAUUGUAUAAUAGUUUAUCAGCGGGCAUGUCUUUGCAAAGGUCAACCGCCACGAGCAAUGCUCGAUCUUGUGCCAGAUUCGGGACACAAGCUGACUCGCCAACUCACUCCUAUCCUUGCGCUACAAUUGCGAUGUUUGGAUAUCGUGACCAAAUGUUGCAUCUCGAUAUUUACAACUGGUGUUCGGAAUACAUCCCCCGAGCACGAACGAGCAAUGUCCGCAUUGAUACGAGCGCAUGAGGCUCAAUUACGUGAUCUGGUCGCACAACUUCCACCUAAUCACAACACACUCUAUCCCACCAUCGCGCGUCUGCAAAUUCAAGUGUUCUACCUCUACAAAGACCUUAGCGGGUCUUUUGAUAGCUGCUUUUUACGUCUCACAAGCACCGCGUGCUCUGUAAUCGACCAUGUGCGAGUUUUAUACGACAAACCCGAAACCUACGCCGGUAGUCCCAUGUUCAUCAUCAACGCGCUAAUCUUAGCAUCGAGUGUCUUGCUUCGUUUAUUGAAAAGCUCAAUGAGCAGCAAAAUUGAUAGCGAAAAGGCCAAAAAUGCGCUGUUCAGCGGACUCAAUUUGAUGAAAUAUAUGAUCCUGGAUGCGAAAGAUAUUGCAUCCAAAUGCUCGAAUGCGCUGAAUCAGUUGUGGAAUAGCGCAAAAGCGUUUCGGAAGGCAGAUGGAUCGGAGUAUGGGACGUUACGGAUCAGGAGUCGUCUGGUCAUAUCGCCUGUUAUUGACAUGGCGUGGUGGUGGAGGGAGGAGUAUGAGCCUGAUGCACUACCAUCAGCACCGGAAAAUAAUGAGGAUGGCGGCAGUAACGAGGUUAGCAAUACCAACAGCAACAAUGACCUACUCUUCGGGCCGAUCUCGAAUAUGGCGACUGUUGGGUCUGAACACGGGUUUCUGAAUGAUGAGUUCCUGACUGAUUUUGAGUGGGCAUUGGACGGAGGAAAUGGCGGGAUCGACUAUCUGCUACCGCCAGAGGCGUAUAGUGAUCUUGCGUGGCCUGCCACGGGUGCGGACCUCAACUUGCCACCGAUUUGA